AUGCCUCCAAGAACAGCCCCAAAAGCCUACCAAAUUUUGGCCAAAACACACCAAGUCACGAUAUUCCUAACAGUCCCCCAAACCGCAACGAUUGCAUUUCUUAAGGAUGAGGCACUUUCUGCGCUCACAUCUCGCGUCGCAACUGAGGAUGACAGCUUCCCUCAUGUUCAAAGCACAAGCGACUUUGAGCUGGCGCGUGCGGUAAAAGAGAAGGAGAAGACUAGGUCAGGGGUGACUUAUGAGGCCCUCGAGUCAAACAAGGCUGUCAGAGGCCUCUUAACAAACUGGGAGGUACUAUAUUUUCAAUUUAGAGAUGAAGGCAAUUUGAUGCCAGUCGAAGUCACGCAGCCUUCUCUCCUCGAUGACGAAGAGGAAGAGCCUCCCGUGAACAAAGGCAAACGCAAGGCGUUAUCUGAAUAG